AUGAAUAGUUGGCUUUUCCAUGAGAAAGAUGUCAUUUAUAAGUCCCCUAGUCGGAAAUCUAUGACCAUGGAACAAGAACUUAGGAAUCGAGAGUCUAUUUAUGACUUUAUCAUCAAGCUUGGGUCCAAUCUUAAGAUCGAUGCUAAGACCAUCUUUGGUGCCACGAUACUUGUAAAUCGAUAUUAUAUGAGAAUCCCUAUCACCACGUCGAAAUAUUUUGUGGCAUGUGCUGCCAUGGCCAUUUCCUGUAAAUUACAUGACACCUAUCGAUUACCUGAUAACAUAGCAUUGAUUGCCUGUAGAUUAAAGAACCCCACCAAAGUUAUUAAUGAUAAUUCCGAGAUCUUCUGGCAAUGGAGGGAUCAGUUGUUGUUUAGAGAGGAGUUGAUGUUGAAGACUUUAAAUUUUGAUUUGAAUAUCGACUUCCCUUAUGAUUUAAGGAAUGAUCUUAUGGAGUUCAAAUCAGAUAAUGAUGUUUUUGAAGAUAAAAAGUUGGAUAUCAUGAAGAAUACCGUGUCUGUGAUAGAACUAGUAUCAUCCUUACCCAUAUUGAUGUCGUAUGAGAUGAACAUAGUUUAUGGGACAAUCUUGAUAAUAGUGGUUCUAGAAGCCAAUGAACGUUUCAAUAUGAACAUUAAGUUACCUAAGGAUUACAUAAGAGACCAGCUUAAUGUUGAUAUUAACCUUUGUUUGAAAUGCUAUCGUUACCUUUUAGCAUUGAUAGAUUACAGUAAUAGAGACGUGAAGUGUAUUUCAAAUAAACCUGCUACCAAAAGAAUAAGAAAAGUAACGGAUGAGGAGAUGUUGAGUGUGGUUGACGAAUCCAUAGAGAUAAGGCCCAGAAGUGAGAGACCCAAGGGCGAAAAAUCAGAUAGUGAUAGACCUCAUUCAAGAGAACUGUCUCAUUAUAGACCCCUGAAACCAGAGUCAAGAAAUAUAAGACCUGAUAGAGACCUAAGACCUGACAGAGAACUGUCUCACUAUAAACCUAAUCAGACCAGUUCUAAACCACCGUCCCAUCGGACAGACCGUUCAGAUCGUUCAGAUCGUUCGGACCCUUAUAGAAAAUACAUGCAAUAUUAG